GUGCAACAAUUACUUUACGUAGUUAAUCGAACUCCGGGGGAUUCUCACCGUUUGCCGACGCGGUUUAUUUUACCUCAGUUUUGAGUGAUGGGGUGUAACCGGCGGACGUCAGCCAAGAGUUCCUCCCUCUCUCUCUCUCUCUCUCUCUUUUUGAUUCCUCCAUGCCUUUUGGUCUUGGUUGUUGUACUUACAGACCAUCAAUAUUACAUACCAAUACCAGCUUACCUCAUCAGUAAUCCCUCUUCCUUGGAGGAAAUGGAAACCCUUAAGUGCAGAGCCCUAAUCGAUUACCUUAUGAAAAGCAUAAAAAUUUUCUACACGAUGACAGUUGGCAGGGCUGAACCCAAUUGCUCCAAGAUGAGAAUUACACUCGUACGGUAGAUUCUAUCCUAAUAGUUGUUGGUUAUACCAGUGGGGGUUUUUUGGUGGAAAGAAACAGUCAAGAUUUAGUCAAG